UAGAGCGCCCUGGGCGCAGGCGGAAGUGCUCGCGGCACACACCCCACUUGGAGCGCAGGCUAACCGGCGCGCCCGGCGCGGGGCCGCUUCGCCUUGCCUCCGCUCACCCCGGCCGGAUCCUGCGCGUGGAGUGGCUCCUUUCCUCGCAGACACUGCCGUCGACUCUGUGCAGGAAGUUGGGCUUCCCGCGAGCCGUGUGGCAUCGACGCUGCCGGCCGGGGCACGCGAGACCGCACAAUCUUGGCACCUCGCGGGUGUGUGUCGCUGCGGCUUUGGCUGAGUCUUCGUCCCCUGGCUGGAACACGGAGUGACAGGAUGUCUCAGUGGUAUGAGCUUCAGCAGCUCGACUCUAAAUUCCUGGAGCAGGUUCACCAGCUCUAUGAUGACAGUUUUCCCAUGGAAAUUCGACAAUACCUGGCCCAGUGGCUAGAAAAUCAGGACUGGGAGCACGCCGCCAAUGAUGUUUCGUUUGCCACCAUCCUCUUCCAUGACCUCCUCUCGCAGCUGGACGAUCAGUACAGUCGCUUCUCCCUGGAGAACAAUUUUCUGUUGCAGCAUAACAUAAGGAAAAGCAAGCGGAACCUUCAGGACAAUUUUCAAGAAGACCCCAUACAAAUGUCUAUGAUCAUCUGUAAUUGUCUGAAGGAGGAGCGGAAGAUUCUGGAAAAUGCGCAGAGAUUCAAUCAGGCUCAGUCGGGGAAUAUUCAGAGCACCGUGAUGUUAGACAAGCAGAAGGAGCUUGACAACAAAGUCAGAAACGUGAAGGAGCAAGUGAUGAAUAUAGAGCACGAAAUCAAGACCCUGGAAGAUUUACAAGAUGAGUAUGACUUCAAGUGCAAAACCUUGCAGAACCGAGAACAUGAAGCCAACGGUGUGGCAAAGAGCGACCAGAAGCAAGAGCAGCUGCUGCUUCAGAAGAUGUAUUUGAUGCUGGACAACAAGAGGAAGGAAAUCAUUCACAAGAUGAGGGAGCUGUUGAAUGCCACUGAGCUCACCCAGAAUGCCCUGAUUAACGAUGAGCUCGUGGAGUGGAAGCGGAGGCAGCAGAGCGCCUGCAUCGGGGGCCCGCCCAACGCGUGCCUGGACCAGCUGCAGAACUGGUUCACCAUAGUGGCAGAGAGUCUGCAGCAGGUUCGUCAGCAGCUUAAAAAGCUGGAGGAAUUGGAACAGAAAUUCACCUAUGAACAUGACCCUAUCACCAAGAACAAACAGGUGCUGUGGGAUCGCACCUUCAGUCUCUUCCAGCAGCUCAUUCAGAGCUCGUUCGUGGUGGAGAGACAGCCUUGCAUGCCCACUCAUCCUCAGAGACCGCUGGUCUUGAAGACUGGGGUGCAGUUCACUGUGAAGCUGAGGCUGUUGGUGAAACUGCAAGAGCUGAAUUAUAACCUGAAAGUCAAAGUGCUGUUUGACAAAGACGUGAAUGAGAGAAACACAGUGAAAGGAUUCAGGAAGUUCAACAUCCUGGGCACACACACCAAGGUGAUGAACAUGGAGGAGUCCACCAACGGCAGUCUGGCGGCGGAAUUCCGGCACCUGCAACUGAAAGAACAGAAGAAUGCUGGCAACAGAACCAACGAGGGUCCUCUAAUUGUAACCGAAGAGCUUCACUCCCUAAGUUUUGAAACCCAGCUGUGCCAGCCUGGCCUGGUCAUUGACCUCGAGACGGCUUCCCUGCCCCUCGUGGUGAUCUCCAACGUCAGCCAGCUCCCGAGCGGUUGGGCGUCCAUCCUGUGGUACAACAUGCUGGUGGCGGAGCCCAGGAAUCUGUCCUUCUUCCUGAACCCACCGUGUGCGCGAUGGUCUCAGCUCUCGGAGGUACUGAGUUGGCAGUUUUCCUCUGUCACCAAACGUGGCCUCAACGGGGACCAGCUGAGCAUGCUGGGAGAGAAGCUGCUUGGUCCUAAUGCUGGCCUCGAUGGUCUUAUUCCGUGGACGAGGUUCUGCAAGGAAAAUAUAAGUGACAAAAAUUUCUCCUUCUGGCUGUGGAUUGAAAACAUCCUAGAACUGAUUAAAAAGCACCUGCUGUGUCUAUGGAAUGAUGGGUGCAUCAUGGGCUUCAUCAGCAAGGAGCGAGAGCGCGCCCUGCUGAAAGACCAGCAGCCCGGCACAUUCCUGCUGCGGUUCAGCGAGAGCAGCCGCGAAGGCGCCAUCACAUUCACGUGGGUGGAGCGGUCCCAGAACGGAGGCGAACCUUAUUUCCAUGCGGUUGAGCCCUACACGAAGAAAGAACUUUCUGCUGUGACUUUCCCUGAUAUCAUCCGCAAUUACAAAGUCAUGGCUGCCGAGAAUAUUCCAGAGAACCCCCUGAAGUAUCUGUAUCCAAACAUUGACAAGGACCAUGCCUUCGGGAAGUAUUACUCCAGGCCAAAGGAAGGGCAAGAACCCAUGGAACUUGACGGCCCCAAAGGAACUGGAUACAUCAAGACUGAGUUGAUUUCUGUGUCUGAAGUUCACCCUUCUAGACUCCAGAGCACAGAAAACCUGCUGCCCAUGUCUCCUGAGGAGUUUGAUGAGGUGUCUCGGAUAGUGGGCCCUGUAGAAUUCGACAGUAUGAUGAAUGCAGUAUAGAGCAUGAAUUUGUCUCAUCUUUGACAACAGUUUCACUUCCCAUGGGAAAUUCCCUCCUGCUGCUGUGUUUCUUCACAUCCUGUGUUUCUAGGAGAAUGAGCAAAGGUCCAGCAAGCUGGCUGCAACGUGUUGAUAGCAAAUGGACAGUUCUCUAAUUCAGAAACGUGUUACUCUGAAGGGCUUCAUGCGUCUUACUAAAGGUAAAAAUUGAAAACUACUCUCUGGGUUUUGCAAAUAAAAAGUCAUUUUGAUCCACCCAAAGCAUCAGGACCAGAAUGAGAGUCCUUUGGGAAAGAUGAAAGGUUUAGCAGCACCCAGCAAAGCUUAUGCAUAAGGUCAGUACCAAAUGCCACCAGUUGUUGGGUAAAUCAGCCAUUACUUGGAGAACUUCUUGAUAAAGGAAUGAUGGAUUCUGUCCUGGAGAAUUCUUACAUGUUUGCUCUGCUUUAAAUAUGUCUGGAAGUUUUCCACUGGUUUGCUUAGGAAAUAGUUCAAAGCCAAAUGUAUAUCCAUGCUCUAUCAAAGCUGGCCAUCCUGCCGCUGGGUAGGGGAAAAUGUUCUUUAUUUCUUUACGUCUCUCACACUUGCCAUUUACAACCAGAGGCCAGUCUUGUCACUCCUGAGAGAAUCGGCUGUUCUGUUUGUUAUGGCUGAAAGAUACUGGCUAAUAGCAAUAGGCGAAGUAUAACGUCACAGGUAGUGUUUCCAUAUCCAAACCUGAAUGUAUUCUGCUUUCAUCAUGGUCACCAGUCAAUGAAAUUAUCUUUGCCACUCUCUCAAUGCAAAUCACCAUUUUAAAAAAUCCAAAAUUAAUCAAAACAGAUUUUCAAGUGAUAUUUCUUAAAUGGGUUAAUGUGUCUUCAUUGUUAUAAGCUGGUAUUUAUUCCAUUACCCAUAACAUUUGGAAAGAAGGAGUAGUAACUGACGUCUGGAACCACUGACUAGAAGAAUUUCAAACCUCACACCUGAUGUAACUGCACUGAGAACUGCCAGUUUUUCAGUGAUAAAUGUGUUUUCUGACAAUCACAUUUGCCAAUGGUUCCAUGAUCUCUCCUGUGCUAUUUCCAGAAACUUUUCUGAAUGAAUGUUCAUGUGUUGUGGUUUUGACCUUCUGCCUUCGUUAACACUGACACAAGAAAGAGGCUCGGGGUGGGGGUAGGACAGGGGUCGUCCACAGAACCCACAGCCUGCUGUCUGUGUGGCUGCGUCUUGUUCCGUCACCUUUGCCGCCACAUCCACCUUGCUUUGUAAGUGCUGUGCAUCUCUUGGGUGGAGAGAAAAGAUUUCUUGAAAUUGAUUUUAAUAUUAAAGCUAAAUUAUAUGUAUUGCAUUAAAAAGUAAUAUGAGCACA